UGACUGUCAGCUCAACAUGAAACUUCGACUGGCCAAAUGCUGUUACUUUGUGAACCUACGCUCCGGAUGCUUUCUGGUUGCAUUCUUUGACAUGUGCAUGCAUAUGGUUAAUUUGUCCUAUGGCAAGAUUCCACAGGUUCAACAAUCGAAGCCGUGGCGACCAUCAUAUAUCUGGCCCACUUUCUGGGCAUUAUCAUGCUCUUCCUCAGCGCCGCAGUCGAAAUGUCGCCGCUGUUGUUGGUUUAUUUGGCAACGGACAUUGCGAAAUUUCUAUUUCUCAUCAUUUCCGCCUAUGUCUGGGUCCCCUGUCGACGCAAUUCGAUGUUCACACUUAUUGUUACAUGCAUAAACAUAUUGCUAAGCGUUUACUUCUGGCUAGUCACCUACUCCUACUACUGGCAGUGUAGAGAGACCGUAACUGACAUUUAAGAAGACGCUGCUAGGUCUAAACUUUUCUGCUGAAUCUUGAUCCAAAUGAGUGAAAUUUACGUGCGAGUGUAGAGCUUUCAAAGCUAGUGCAAAAUCAAGAGCUACUUUAAUAUAUUAAGGAACUUUAACGCUCACUUGAUCAUGAA